AUGAACUUCCGAAUGGAGACGAUUGUCCCAGCGGAUAUUCCCAGCCUUAUCAAGCUUAAGUCGCAAGCAUUUGCAGACUUUAGCAGCCUGUAUCCAAUCAAUAUCUUGCCGGAUAACCUGGCCAUGUGGGAGGUGCACUGGACGGCGAUGUUCUUGGAGCGGCCGUUUAUGCAAUUCUACAAGAUGGUGGACAGCGAGACGGGAGAUGGACGGAACUACAGCAGGAUCAUGGCGUCGAUAUGGUGGCAAGAACCGGGUACCUACGGAGAUGACCCAGCAUUCCACCAGUGCGGCGCGGAUUGUCUGCCGCCUGGGGUCAACAUCGAUGCGAUCAAUUACAUCUGGGAACGGAUGGAGAAAGUGCUCAGUAUCUAUUCGACCCUCGCCCCGAACAAGGCUAUCCGUAUCCUCAGCAUGGCAGUGCGGCCAGAUAUCCAGCGCAUGGGUCUCGGGACGGAGAUGAUGCGAUUCUUGCUCGCGCGGUCGGACCGGCUCGGGCUGAGGACAUGCUUGACGCCGCUCUACGCCCAGCGGAUGUUGUUUGAGAGGCUCGGCUUUCGGACGCUGGCGCGAUGGAGAGCGGAUACGCAACUUUAUGGGGGCGGUAUGCUCUUGGGUGGUGUCGUGAUGUCGAGAGUGCCCCCUCGGUUGAUCACGCCGUCUGUCGUGCCGCAUAAUAAGGUGUCUAACAAGCUGCCGGGCAUAAUGGGCCCACCGGCCCGCCCGGCUCGUCGUAAGGAUCAAGGACGGUCAUCAAAAUAA